GUAUUGAAAUCUCAACACUUGACCCAUUUAAAUUAAGUGUGUUGCAUCACUUUAUCAAGACCUGCAGUUUUUUGAAGUGGAGUUUGUUCAAGUGGGACCAGCAGCUAGAGAAAAUCUGGAACUUGUCAGUUUCGCAAUCCAAUGAAUCAGUCGUGAAGAAUAUCGACUGGCUCAAGAGAACUUUAUCGUGGAUUGUCACGGCACGGCUUAUCAUCGAUCGUGUCUUAUUGCUUGCGUAUCUGGCCAAUAUUUUAACGCUAUUAAUACGAAGGUGGCAGGACUUGCUCAUACUUUGGAUGGCCCUCAGUUUCUUCAAAGAUAUUGUUUUAGAAAUCGUUGUUAUUAUCACUACUUUCUUACUGUGGCACGAGGAUAAUGUUUCAACGCCGCUUCUAAUCGAGUUUAUUGCAGAGAAAACAAUACGGCUUGGUGUCUUGAUCUACCAAUGGUGUACGGCUGUAAAGUGGUACAUGCAGCUACGAAGAGCGGCAAAAUUCCGUAAAUUCACAAUAAUUGCACGGAGGAGUAUUGCAAGCAUCAUUCGUGUUCCCGGCAGAAUCAGUCAUUCUUUGGAAGACGUGUGUCUAGAUGCUUCAAUAGUCAGGCGGAGCAUAUAUAUCGAUGUACGAACUUCAAAAUCUCUGACGACUCUGAUCAUCAAUGACAGCCGUGACACGAGCGACACGAAUGAUUACGAUUCGAUCGAAAAUGAUUUGAGCGUGGCUGAGAAAUCUAUGAGGAUACUUAGCAUAACCGCAGAAGAUGUGAUGGAUGCACGUGCCAGAAUACAAGAACGAUCCUAUUGGAGUGAACAAGAUGCAACAGCAAAAACAUCCGAAGCGAUGGAGGAAGUAUUGGCUGAGCAUUCUUUGGAAAAGGACGAAAAAGAGAUGGAUGCUUCCGCGAUAAAUGAAUCAACUGCGACAAAUUAUGUAAAAGAUAUUAUGGAUUACACCUUGAGAAAGGAGGAUAUUCUACAAUUUCCUUUAAUAGCGAAAGAGUUAAAGAAAGAAGAUAGCAAGACCGUUUCGGACGCUAGAAAGAAAGAAGCUUUAACUAAAAAACAGAAAGAGGAAAUUUCAUCGAUAAAAAUUAAAAAAAUUGUGGUAGAUGAGGGAGGAAGCUACGCGGAGUCAGCGUAUCCCUCUGAUUCUCACACAGCAACGAAAAUCAAGGACGAAGAGUCGAAAAAAUUGGCGAAGAUGCAAUGUUCUUCGAGCAAAGAUGCGAGAGAAAUAACAACUAAAUCAAGUGCUUCUCUGGUAAAGUUAAAAGCAAGGCCAGAAUUAGAAGAGAAGCAUUGCUGUAUCUCCAAAAGCACCGAAGAGGAACGAAUCGAUCAAGUCGAUCAGAGAAGGUACAUUUGUCAAAACAAAACAAAAUUAAUGUCAGUUGAUUCAAGCGAAAGUAAUAAAGAAUGCUUUAAGAGUCCGGAAUCGUCAUCAUGUCAUCAUGAAAAAAAUGUACGAUCAAUCGAUAUCGAUAAUAAAAUUAUUGAGCAUGAUGUUGGUAAAAGACAAUUUGUAUCUUUUAUGCCUGACAUCAUGCCUAACGUCGACACACAGAAAGACAAGUUUCAUGAAUACAGUUUUGCUUUCAGGUAUUCUAAGUACCGUUUGAUGAAACAAAUUCAAAAAUUCGAAGCAUCUUCGGAGAGGAGCAAGGAACUGGUUACUUGGGGAAGUAUGUCCUUAGCGCAAACUGCGCAUCCUUCGGGAUACGAAAGAAACGCCAUCGCGAUUGGUAAGUCGCCCGCUGGCCAGAAGCACGUUCAAACUGAAACUUUUGAUGAUUCAUGUGACUCUCUGAGGAUGCUACAUAGAUUACGACAUAUUACACAAACGCAGGGUGGGCGAUCAUCCAAUUUGCGUUCUGUUUAUAACGUAACAUCAUUCAAAACAAACGCAGAACACGAGAAAAUGAUACACUUGCGAACUCUGAAAGCUUUCAACAAUCGAGCUUUGCUUGAAAGGGGAGGAGAUGCGAAAGCAUGCAAAAAGCACGAUUUUUCGCAGAAUCACAUAUCGAUUGAAGAUCGCAAAGCGGCAGAACUGAGAGCUUUAAAAGCUUAUAAUAAGCUUACUUUAAUGAAGGAUAAGAAAAAACUAGAGAUGAGAAGGAAGCGCGACUCAUCGUUGAUCAACCAGCGAUCAACGAAGGAACCUGAAGCCUUACUGAUGAAAUCUUUAAGACCCUAUAAUGAUCUUGCUCUAUUGGAAGAUCGAAAAGAGAUGGAAACAAAAAGAGGAGACAAUUUGUUGUUGAAUUGCAAAGGAUCGAGCGAAGAAGCGAGUGCUUUGGGAACUCACAACGAGCUUACAUUAUCGGAAGACAGAAGAGAGCCGAAGAUUAGAAGAAAAUACAACUUAUCAAAACACGAAACAUCAGCAAAGUACGAGGAAAGUAUUGAAACUCCAACAAGUACCUCUGAUCACUUUUCGGAAGCUAAUUACGAAGAAACUACUUCUUCAGUGGAAAGAUCACGGCAGAUCACAAGCAGCAACUUCGAUAUGAACAACCGUGGCGCGAGGCACGCGCAUAUGUCGCUGAACCUCAGGGAGAUCACGAGGAACAUCGAGUGGACCCUUCAUCCGACAUCUCAAGGAAUCAUUCUGACUAACAAGAACCUGCACAGUGACUUCUUGGAGAACGGCAGAUUCCGCGAUAUCCAACAACGCGAUAUCGUCGACGAUGAUACCGCCAACGCGUUGCAUGGCGCUUUCUUCUAUAAAUCUGAGAUUACGAGGAUCUUCCGCGCAGUGCAACUGAGGAUCAGCGAGCCCUCCUUUCCGAGCUUGUCGAUGUCCCGGCGGGAGGAUUUCGAUACCGAGUUCGUUUGCCGAGUGCACAAUGAGAUGGCCAUGCUGUAUCAGGACUCGUUGGCUAACUUCAAUCUUGAACGGCUGAUAGCGAGUCGCAACGAUUUCGGAAGCACGUUGCUGCCUGACAGUACUAAUGACAAUCGCGUUUCCAACCGGGAGAAUAAUCGUGACCUGUGCAUGUUAUUCAUCGAUCGGCAACAGGUCGGAAGCGAGUCGGAUACCGUAAUCACCGAGAAUUCAGCAACGGAGUCCUGGGAAGACGCGCGUUCGAGCACCGCAGAUGUUCACACGACGAGGGCAACGAACGAUGAUCUGCCGCUUCAACUUAUUGUUAAUGUAUUACGGAACUUUGGCGCUGAAGUGUCGGAGGGAAGCAUACACGUUGCAUCAUCAAUCGAACAUCUGGAAGAACACGGAAAUGUAAGUAAUAGAAGUUCAGAUGAGAGUUUUGAAGCUAACAAGUAUGGUAUGUUCGAUGAUAAACGAGCUCUGAACAUGAGCAAUAAUUGUUCGGACGAUGAAGAUGUGUCAUCUAUUAAUUCCUCAGAUAUUCCUAAGUCACAGGAUGAAAAAUAUUUAAGUACAAUUGAUAUUAACGUUGAAAAAAAGAUAUACGAGAGAGAUACUUCUCUUGAAAAUAGUAAUAUAACUUUGCAAUUGCCGAAUUAUAAUAAUAAUGAUUACUUUGAAUUCGGCACAUUGACUAAUAUAACUGAGAAGAGCAGCUGCUCUCUUCAGAAUUCUUCACAAUUAUCUUUACCUGGUCCAUCAUUAUCUGAAUCAGCUAAUUAUUGUGCAUCAAGAUCGAAUGAUGAGGAGCUGCAAAAAUUGAUAGAGCUUCCUGGUAACGAAGUUACGUUAGAAAAUGAAGAAGAAACAAAGUUGAUAUUAAACAGAGCAAAUGGCAAUACAAUUUCACAAUUUCAGAGUGCUGAAACUUUACAAUUAAAAAUUAUAGAGCAAGGUAAUGAGGAAAGUCACGAUGAAACUAAUGAUGUGUAUGAAAUAGCAACUGAUUUUACGACAGAUCAGCUUUCCAAGAUAAAUUCAAAUGAAAAUCUAGUGCAGCAAAACGAUAGUUUCGAUUCCACGUACGAGAGAAAUAACGGCUCAGAAACUCCUGUUUCAUUAGAAGAUGGCAGUUUACUGGAAGAGUUUUCAAAUGAUACUGUGUCGCCGAGAACGGUCUCAAAUGCUUCUGUUAGAAUUUCUGCAUAAUUUUUUGAAGAGAAUAAUAAAAUUAAUUCACUUAUUUAUACACAUUCAAAUUCUGCAUGAUAUUUAUCACAUACAUUGAUAUUGUGACAUAAAAAAUAGUCUAUUUAAUAUAAUAAAUAAUUAUAAACAUCUGUUAUAUAUAAUGCAAGUGAAGAACAAAGAUAUUACAUUAUAAAAUUAUAAAUUUCGUUAAUUUGCAACUUUUUGUUAUUAUACAAAAGUUUUGAAGAUUGUUCUGCUUAUAUUUAAAGUACGAUAUUUUGCAUUUUUUAACGUAAAAACGUCUUUAUUAAAUUGUCUAAAUCAUUAUUUAUCACAUUUUAUAAUUGAUAAUAACGAAGAAUAUAAUAAAUACAUAAAAUUCUGAAAAGGCAGUUUUCUUGGAGAGUUCAAUGUGCGAUAGUUUUAAUGAUGGAGAUUUCAAUGCUGAAACUUUAAAAUAAAAUAAAAGAACUGUGUUAUAC